AUGAUGUUCUCUGAGGAUGGUCAUAAAGUAGACCCUAUAUUCUUAAUAGAAGAAUUAAACAUUAUCCAAAACGAAAUAAAUGGAAAACUUCCCUUCGACUCUAAUUUAAACUCUAUUCACUUUUGGGAAAAAGCAAUUAUAGUUAAAGCCUUCAGCACUAAUGGGACUUUAACCUUUAUACUAGACAUUCCAAUAGUUGCAGAACAAUCAUAUAAUUUACUCCACCUUUAUUCGAUUCCUAACAAUAAUGACACCAUCCUUAUACCUAAAAACCCUAUCCUAAUCUUGGGAAAUGAUGAGUUUGCAUAUCCUCACGAGCCAUGCACCGAGAUAGCGGAAGACAACGUUAUAUGCAAGCACCUGGAAUGGCAGCCACUACUACAUUCAACCGAUUGCAUCGCACAACUACUACAGCAUCAAGAACCACAUAACUGCACGUAUGCAACUGCAAGUUACGACAACAACAUAGUGCAACAAAUUAAAGAAAACAGUUGGAUUGUAAUAAUGAAACAGGAUGAAGUCGUAAAAACUAUAUGCAACAACGAUGUGCAAUACCAACGCAACAAAGGAGUCUUCCUAAUUACCACAGAUAAUAAUUGCAAGGUGCAAAUCCGAGACAGAGUAUUAAUGACCCACAAACGGUACAUUAAUCAAAGGGAAACCAUACCAUUACCGGAACAUAUUAAAUCUUGUCAGUGCGCCGAACAUCAUUGUGGAAUGGGAGGGAAAAAUCAAUGGAAAAUUGCGCAAUACGAGGCUGAUUGUCUCCAAGGAGGAGAUACAGUAUUUCGACCAGAAGGCGUGUCAUCUGAAGAAGGGGUCGAUGGAAUGGUGGAUACAACUCUUCAAACCGAUGACGAUCAAGAAGGAAGACCCUGA